AUAAUGAUUAUGAUAUAGAAAGAUUUAAACAAUAAAUUCAUUCAUUCAUAUUAGUUUAAUAGUUUAUUUAAACAAAAUAAAUAUGAUAAAUUUAAUGAUUGAACAUUAUUAAGAUUAAUUGAAUUAUAACAAUAUGCUUACUAAUAAUGGUGAAUAUAUAGAUGGUUCAUGGUUAUUAACUAUAUAUAUACAUGAUUUAAAUAUUGAACGUGUAAUACGUGUUUAUGGUGAAUGGUCUAUAGAAGAAUUAAUAAGUCAUUUAAUUCAUGGUUUAAUAUGUCCAAAAAAAAAUUUAUUCUAUAAAACAAAUCAAAUUAAUUUACAUAAAAAUUCAAUUGAAAUGAAUUGGGAUAAUUAUAGUUUAUGGUGGCCAAUUAAAUCAAAAUGGUUAUUAAAAACAAAAUUAACAUUAAAUCAAUAUGGUAUACAAUCAAAUUGUAAAUUACAUUUUUUAUCUAUAUAUGGACAAUUAAAUAUACAAUUACCUGAUUUACAAAUACGUCAAUUUAUGGAUAUAAAUUUUUCUGAACCAGUAUUUCGUGUAACAUUAUCUAUAUGUCAUUAUUUAAAUAUAAGACAUUCAGAAGAAUUAUCAUUAGGUUAUCCUAUACAACAAAAUAAUAUCAAAUAUUCACAUAUUAUACCAAAUUAUAUAAAUAAUAUAAGGAAACCAUCUACAUUUCAACGUAAUCCUACUAUUCAUACAACAUAUUCACAUUAUAAAACAUUAAAUAAUGAAUCAUUAUAUCAACAACAACAACAAAAACAACAACAACAAAAACAACAACAACAAGAUGAAGAAGAAGAAAGAUCUAGAAAACAUUCUAUUGUAUCAACAAAACAUUCAAUACAAUUAUAUGGUCCACCAAUUCUACGUGAUAAACAUCAUCCACAUUAUAUUAGACGUCAUUCCAAAUAUUUUAAUCAAUUAAAUUAUUCAUCAAUACCAUUUAAUUUACGUAUAUUAGAUGAUCUAUCAUUAAUUUAUAGUCCUUUAAUGAAUAUAAAUGAUGCUAUACAAAAAAAUUUUAUUAUAAGACCACAUAAUUAUAUUGAACGUAUAAAAUUUAAUACAAUAUGGUUAGAUUCAUCGAAAUCAUUAUUAGAACAAGGUAUCAUUAUGUUAGGAUAUAAUACAUUCAAUUUAUUAGGAGAAAUACAAAAUAAUGAAGAGAUAAAAUUAUGUAAUCAUAAUCAUAAUCAUAGUAAUCAUAGUAACCAUAGUAACAAUCAAAAUGAUUCAAUAAUACCAACAUUAAUUUUACGUUAUAAAUAUGGUAUGUAUUAUGAUUUAAAUAUAAAAUAUGAUUUAAUACGUAUUAAUCAAUUAUAUGAACAAGCUAAAUGGUCAAUUCUAUCAGAAAUUAAUCAUGUUACUGAUGAUGAAGCAUGUUUAUUUGCUGCAUUACAAUGUCAAGUUGAAUUAGCUACUGAAGAAGAAACAUUAAUAAAUGAUGAAAAUCUAUUGAAUAAUGAUAAUAAUAAAGAAGAACAUAAAGAAUUAAAUGAUACUAUGAAUACAAAUGAUAAUCACCAAUUAAUGAAUUGUUCACUUGAUAAAAGUACCAUUGAUAAUUGUCAUAGAAAUAUGCAAAAAAUUCAAUCAAUAUUUAUGAAACCUAAUCGAGAUCUUUCACCAAUAGGUGGUUAUUUACAUACAACAGGUUAUUAUUCUACAAUCAAAUCAUUAACAACAAAAUCAUCUACAAGACCAUUAAGUACUAUUGAAUUAGAUCAUGAAAUUGAUCAAAUGCUUGAUGAAUUAUCAAUUGAUUGUUUAGAGAAUAAUGAUUCCAAUCGAUUAUCAAAUAAUAUUCAUCAUUCUAGAUUCAAAGAACAUUCAACACGUCCAUUAAGUUUAUUGAAUACAUCAAAUCAUCAUAAUGAUAUAGAUAGUUUAAUGAAUCAUGAACAAUAUGAUAAUGAUCAUAAUGAUAAUGAUAAUGAUCAAUCUAGUUUACCUGAAUUGAAUACUUAUGUUAAAAUAUGUAAACCAAGAAAAUUUGGUUUAAAAGUAUUUCAUCGUUAUUAUAUAUCUAUUAAAGGAAUUGAAUUAUAUGUUUAUAAGAAUAAAGAUGAUUAUUUAUCAAAUAGUGAUACAGUUGAAGUUAUCUAUUUACCAGGAUGUGAAAUACAAUCUGAUUUAUGUAUUUCUAAUGAAAAAUUUAAUAUACGUUUAUUUGUACCAAUAUCUCGUACUAAUUUACCAUUAUCAUCUGCAUUUGCUUCAUAUCGAUCGAAUACUUCACAUAGAAUUAAUAAUCAUGAUCAUAAUCAUGAUCAUGAUCAUGAUGAUGAUCCAAGUAUAAGUAAUAAAUUAAAACGUAGAGCAUCAUUAUUAUCAUUAACUUCAUUAUCAUAUUUAAGUAAUGCACUUGGUAUAUCAUCUACAUCUACAUCUACAUCUACAUCUACAUCUUAUCAUUAUACACCGAAUGGAUCUAUGAAUAUCACUGGUAUUGGUGCAUUAACUGGUUCAUCUGCUAUGAUGACUGGUCUUAUGAAUGAAUUAUGGUUACGUUUUAUUAAUAUUAAUGAUUAUAUGGAUUGGUUAACAUUAUUACGUAUUAUAACAUCUAUACAAUCUAUGGGAAUAUCUAAUUAUAAUACAAAUAAUUCUAAUUCAUUAUUAAAAUUAUCUAAAAAACAAUAUACUACUAAAAUAUUAUCAUUAUUAAAUCGUUCAAUAUUCAAUAAAGAAUAUAAAGCUAUAAGAAAUAUGAUUAAUUUAUUAUCACCAAAUUGUUUAAAUAAAUUAAAUCAAGUUAAUGAACAAAUUAAUAUAACUAGAUUAUAUAAUCAUUUAAAGAAACGUUACAUUGAUAUAUUACCAUUAAGAUUAGGUUAUAUGAAAGGAAUACAAAGAACAUGGGAUUAUAGACGUGAUCGUGAUCGUGAUCGCGAUCGUGAUCGUGAUCUUGAUCGUGAUCAUUAUCAAUAUGAUAGUUUAUUAAAACGUUCAAAUACUUUAACAAAUCAAGAUAAACCUUCAAUUCAUUCACAAACUAUACAAACUCGAACUAAUCUGAUUCAACGUAUUACAUCUAUAUAUAGUCAAAUAAAUCAUUUAAGUAGUUUACAAUGUAAAUUAAAAUAUAUUAAUAUAUGGGAACAAUUACAUUUACAUGGUAUUGCAUUUUUUACUGGACGUAUUGAAGUCAUUGUACCAUUGAAUACAUUAAUCCAUUCUGAUAAUAAUCUAUUAUGUAAUGAUAGUAAUAAUAGUAAUAAUAGUAAUAAUAAUAAUAAUGAACAAACAAAUUGGUUAUCUGGAAUUAAUCGAUCAAUAAUCAAUAAUUAUGUAACAAUAUCCAUGAGUCGUAAAAUUGAAUCGAUCGGAAUUGGAUCUAAACGAAUUUAUCGUUGUGAUUUAACAAAUGGUGAUAUUAUAGCAAGUUGGCGAUUAUCAUCCAUACAAAGUUGGCAUAUUAAUUGGGAAUUAAAUGAAAUUGUAUUAAAUUUAAUUAAUCAAUCAAAAAUUCAAUCGAAUACUACUCAUACUACUCAUAACAUUAAUAGUAGUAGUAGUAGUAAUAGUAGUAAUAGUAAUAGUCAUAGUAAAAUAGAUCAUCAAUUUACUGGUCGAGUUAUAAUACGACCAAUUGAUGUAUCUGUAAGAAUUGUAGCUGAAUUUUUAGGCGGUUAUACAUUUUUAAAUUUAAGAUCACCAGAAAAAAAUCAAUAUCUUGCUGAAGAGAUUUUUUAUAAAUUAACAACUGGUCAAUCACAACCAUCUGUAUAAUGAAUAGUUCAUUAUAUUAGCUUGAAUGAUAAUGAUGAGGAUGAUGAUGAUGAUGAGGAUGAGGAGGAGGAGGAGGAUGAUGAUGAAAUCGAACCUUUUAAUGCUGAUGUCUUUCAAUGAUCAGUUAUUUUAUUGAACAUUUGUUUAAAUUGCAUGCCGUAAAACUUAUCCUGUCUAUUCAAAUCUCUCCCAAUUUCCUGACAUACACACACAUACAUACCUAUAUAUAUAUAUAUAUAUACAUCCAUAUAAUUAUCAUAGAUAUAAUUCUUGGUCAGUGGUUCAAUUUACAUACAUACUCUAUACAUACUGCAUAGAUACAAGCAUACAUACAUGGAUACCAAAUGUACACAUACAUGGAUACUAAAUGCAUACCGAGUUAUUAUUAUUAUUAUUAUCAUUAUUAUUGUUGUUGUUCAGAAUAUCUUUUAUUGAUUCAUCUAUGAUCCUAUUUCCUAUGACAACUAAUUAUGUAACUAACCAUAUAUAUCUAUUUAUGUUGAUAUUUCAUUUAUAUCAAUUCACUUGAAUUAUCUGAUGGAGAGUUAUUUUUAAGAAAUCAUCACUAUGCAUAACACAAAUCUAAUCUAUACAUGAAUUCAUUGGUGGUGAUGGCGGUGGUAGUGGUGGUGAUAGUGGUAGCGGCAGGGGGGAAAGAGAGAUCGGAAAGGUUAUUUCAUAUAAAUUUGAUUGUAUAGUAUGCAAAAUGAUAGGUAUCAUGAUUUUGGUUCUUUUUUGUUUUGUUUCUUUUUUUCUUUCAUUUCACAUUUAUGAAAUAUUCCAUUUUCUUUAAUCUUUCUAGAUACUUCUUAUACUAUACUAUUUAUGGCACUACUUAUUUCAGUAGUGUUAGAGAGAACAUAUAAAAGAAAAAAUAAUAAUAACAUAUAACUUCCUCAUUAUUGAUGUAUCUUUAUAUGACAGCGCUUUUCAAUGGUUUCACUCAUCUCGUUUUUUGAGUAAGUGUGUGUGUCUGUGCAUAUGUGUGUGUGUCUGUGCGUAUGUGUGUGUGUUUGUGUUUAGUUGCUAAGACAUCAUUCACACCUAAGAAGUAUACACAUGGAUAUUGUUGAUUUUCAUUCAUUAUGAUUAUUCUAUAUUACAAAAAAUAAUAAUAAAUUCACAAAUUGAUUUACUGCCGGUUUUAUUUGG